CCGACUCAUUCAAAGCUCCGACUUCGUUGCGUGCACACAGAGUCUCUGUCUUGGUCUAGUGGAACGUUGCGACUGUGGAUUACGCGAGUUUACUUAACUGUCACUUAUAAAACCUCAACAAAGAAUCACUAUAAACAAAAUGGUUCUGGAGAUGGAGAUGUCCAAGACCUAUCAGUACCGCAAGGUGAUGAAGCCCAUGCUGGAGAGGAAGCGUCGUGCCAGGAUCAACAAAUGCCUGGACGAGCUGAAGGACAUUAUGGUGGAGUGCCUUACUCAAGAGGGCGAGCAUAUCACCCGGCUGGAGAAGGCCGACAUCCUGGAACUUACCGUAGAGCACAUGAAGAAGCUGCGCGCCCAGAAGCAACUGCGUCUGUCCAGUGUCUCCGGUGGAUCCUCAAGCGCCGAUCCCAAGCUCAGCAUUGCCGAAAGUUUCCGUGCGGGUUACGUCCAUGCUGCCAAUGAAGUGUCCAAAACUUUGGCUGCCGUUCCCGGAGUGAGUGUGGAUCUCGGAACCCAGCUUAUGAGUCACCUGGGUCAUCGUCUCAACUACCUGCAAGUGGUGGUUCCUUCGCUGCCAAUUGGAGUUCCCCUUCAAGCUCCAGUGGAAGAUCAGGUUAUGGUCACGCCACCACCAUCGGAAUGCGGCAGCUUGGAAAGCGGAGCCUGCAGCCCGGCGCCCAGUGAAGCCAGCUCCACCUCCGGUCCCAUGUGGAGGCCCUGGUGAGCACUGGACUUUGGUUGAUCUUCACCUGGAUCGCCUUCAAACGGAAGGCUUCUACAAAUCAUCGCCCCUAAAAGGUGCUGGAAUCGAAACCGCACCGAGCUCCUUGGAGUCCAUCACUUGCUGCCCAGGAUUAGCUACUCCCAGCAGCCCAGCAGACGCCCCAAUCUCUAGCAGAGUCAUUCCGGCUAUAGAGAUUGCUGCUUACUUUUCUAAAAAAAAAGAAAGAGAAGAAGAAUUUGAAAAGAAAAUAAAUGAAUUUCCAACUUAA